GGGACUGCCUGUUCAGUACCGCGGCUGGGCCCUGACCUUGAGUUGGAUGCAUUAUGAUCAACACCGCAGCUCGCCUGCCUGGAUAUGGUCCGACUUAAUUGUUUCUCCACUGUUAAUGCACGUUGGUCCUACGCCUUCCUUGCUUAGCACAAUCCUUCUUCUCCAAGUAAUGCAAAGCCAGCUAUUCUUCCUUGAAUAACCUGUCACCGUUACUGCCCACUGAACCUGCAUCACAAGCUCACCCUUAUCACUCCUCUUACAAGGAAAACAACAGGAUCGAACCAUGAGAAACUGGGCUGAACUCCCUCAAGAUGUCUUGUUGGUAAUCCUGCAAAAACUAAUUAUUGGUAAAGAUUAUCAUCGAUUUGCUUUUGUGUGCAGAUCCUGGACAGGUGUUGUUGUAAACUACCUCGAACGCUAUGCCCCUUCGGGUUCUCCUUGUCUAAUUGUUCCAGCACCAGGUAUUGCCUCCAAAUCAAAAUCAAGACGCCUUCUUGCCUCCCCAGUUGGCAAGGACAUUGAUAAAGAACAGGAUUUCUUACCCCAAGUCAGAGUUCCACUUCAAGACGUCUAUAUUGGAUCCCAUCAAGGAUGGCUUAUAAUGCUAACCGAUGCAAUGGGCAUGUACCUGCUGAAUCCCAUCUCUGAUACUCGCAUCAACCUUCCUGAAAUUUGGUUGCUCGAACUAAAUAAUAUUUACCGCUACACCAUAGCAAUGAUUUAUUUAGAACCCAUGUGGCCGAGAUUGAGCUUCUGUAGGAGCAAAGUCAUCUUAUCAACAAUUCCUACAGCCUCUGAUUGCUUUGUCCUACUUAUUUACGGAUACAAGAAGCUGGCUUUCUGCAAGGUGGGUGACGAAGAUUGGACCUUUAUUGAUGAUAAAGCUUUCAGGUAUCGUAUAGAGAAAAAUUUUAGAUUUUUUAUGGAUGCAAUUUAUUUGAAGGGGCAAUUCUACGUUGUAUCAGCAAGAGGAGAGAUUUUUGGUUUUGACCUUACUGUUUCUGAACCUAAACUGACUACGAUGUAUGCCCAUGGCUUGCACACUAAUGCCCUCAUCCAUCGUGUUCCCUCCCAUGAUUGGCAACUGCUUUGGUAUCUAGUGGAAUGCAGGGGCCAACUAUUUAGAAUCUUGCAGGUAGAAAAACGUCGCAUUGAGGAAGAAGAUCAUGUCAACCAAGCAGAAGCUAUUGGCAUUGGUGCAGAACACCCACAUACGCCUCUUGAUAAACUUUAUUGUAGGGUGUCAUAUAGCUCUUAUUGUUUUGAAGUGUGUAAGCUGGAUACAAGGAGUGGAUCAAAGCCAAGCUGGAUACAAGUAGACAAUUUUGAAGGGGAUGCAGUGUUUUUGGGUAGGAAUCAAUCCUUUUCCCUCUCAAAUCCGCAUGAGUUUGGUUACAAAAGAAAUCGGAUAUAUUUUACGGAUCAUGCAUCUGUAAAUAAUGAUAUGGGAGUGUUCAACUUGGAGGAUGGUACUGUGGAGCCACUUUACAAGACAAAUUCUAGGUUUAUACUGCCUUCUGCUAUUUGGGUGAUUCCCAAACCAUAAUAUGCUUGUUUGAUUUAAGGCAUUAUAUCUCUUGUGCUUCUGUCCUUUCUUCCUUUUUAAUGUUGCUAGCAAAACAAAAAUAGAAAUUGUUUGCUUAGCAAGCCUGUGAAACUACAGUAUUUAUGAAUCGAGAGUCCUUCAAUUCUGGUUUUAUUUCA